AUGCGGCCGUAUAAUACACGCCACAAGACGCUGUCGCUGCAUUCGCUGGGGAUUCACGUCCCUGGGUCCCAUGCUAGCCGCGCACCAACAAACCGAGCGUCCUCGAUGGCCUCGCCCGCCUCUCCAGCCUCUCCUAUCAAAAACAGCCAGCCGCCAACAAAACGGCUGAAGCGCUCCUUUAGCGAAUCCUCGGAUGAUGCGCCACCCGUUCGCCGCUUGUCCAAAAAACGCGACGAUGUAGUCAAGUUCGAUAAUACACCGCCGCCGUCACCGCCUACCAAGCGCCGCCCCUCCAUUGAGAUGAGCGAGGAUGAGGGCACGGGCCCAAAAACAAUUGACAUGGAGGGGAUCAACGACGAAAUUGUCGAGGCCGUCAUCGUCCUGCUGCAAAAUUCGGGGAAUCGACCGCACUUGGUAAAAGAGCUCGCCGCUGUCUUGAUGCUGCAACUCAAAAUUGUCCAACAAUCCGCGAAUCCGUGCGCUAUCGUCUCCUCGCGACUAGCCUCCUACCUCAAGCGGUCAACAUGGUCGGCUCUCUCCCCUUGCCCGCUUGCCAAAGAAUUGGAGUCAGUCCACCCGCGUCGGACCUACUUCUACCUCACAACCUGCCCACACCUGCCGCUGCCAGAUCCAUCCCAGGCGUCUUCGACAAUGAGCUUUCUCGCACACACUCGCAGCAUCAUCUCGCCGAGUCCGUCUAGUGCGCCGUCCAUGACCGCGGACGAGUCCGACAUGGAAAGGCGGCGCGAGCUCAGCCCAAGUCCAGAGGUCGACCUGUCGAGUCCAGAGUUUGAUGACAGGGACGACGACUUUGCCAUGCCCGGCACACCCGUCGGAUCCUUCUCCACCAGCGGCUUUUACAUGCGGCCGCGCCCAGUAGUGCACAGCACCUCGGCCCGCCACGGGCGCGCGGGCUCGCCGCCGUUGGAAAAGGACGAGAAGGAGUUCACACAGACGGCUGACGGUUUACAAAGGAGGAAACUCAAUGAUGACCUGUCUCCGUCGAACAACGCAGCGCCCGCUGACCCUACAGCGAGCAUAAUAGAUCUCGAAAGGGACGAGAGCUCGCUAUUUGGUGUCAUUGGCGGGUUUGCCGCGUCGUUGGUGUCCAGCCCGGCCAUCCGACCGUCGACAAUGUCUCUUAACUACUUCGGGAAAAAAGAUGGCGACGUGGACGGCUGGGCCAAGUACGAGGGCAUGCUGGAGUGGGACCGCAGUCCCGAGAACAUUGCGCUCGAGGAGCUCGAUGGGCUGCUGCUCGAUUACUAA